AUGUCUAUGAUCACAGCAACCGCAUGGGUUCCUCGGGGCUUUGCAGCUCCUUUUCCAACAAAAUAUAACUUUGAUGAAGAAGAAUUUCAGCGAAUUGCGGAUCUUGCGAAGUUACAAUUGGAUGAUGCGAACGAUGAUUUGGAAGAAGCGCAAAAUGAAGCAGAAAAUGGCGCAGAUCCAGAUGCUAUGGUCGAUGAUGAAGGUUCAGAUGACGAUGAAGCGCCUAAAGGAGUGAAAUCAACAGCUGAUGAGGAUGACGAUUUAAAAGAAUACGAUUUGGAUCAUUAUGAUGAUGAGGUUGAAGAAGACAAGAAUGGUGGUGAGGGAAUGGCUAUGUUUGGAAAUGUCAAAUCACUUGCAUAUCACGAAUCGAAUGAGGAAGAUCCAUAUAUUACAAUGGCAGGAAACGCAGAGGAUGAAGAUGAGGACAGGGAAGAACUUCAAAUAUUGGCAACAGACAACAUGCUGCUGGCGGCAAAGAUAGAAGAUGAAAUCGCACAUCUUGAAGUAUAUGUUUACGAAGAUGGAGCUGAUAAUCUUUACGUACAUCACGAUAUUAUGUUACCGGCAAUACCUCUUUGUGUAGAAUGGCUCGAUUUGCCUGUUGGAAAGCCAAGUGUGGACAAGGACUCGAGGGCAAAUUUCGUUGCUGUUGGAACAUUCGACCCGGAUAUUGAGAUUUGGGAUUUAGAUACAGUUGAUUGCAUGUAUCCUAAUGCUAUCCUGGGGCAAGGUGGACAAAACAAAGGUGGAGAUGAAGGGGCUAAGAAAAAGAAGAAGAACAAGAAGUCGAAGAAAGCCAAUGACGAAUUUCACGUGGAUGCAGUUCUUUCAUUAGCUGCCAAUAGACAUCACCGAAACUUAUUGGCAUCCUCAUCUGCGGAUAAGACGGUCAAACUCUGGGAUUUACACACCACCACAUGUGCCAAGUCAUACACACAUCACACAGACAAAGUAUGUUCAUUAGCAUGGCAUCCAAAGGAAUCUACCGUUCUCCUGAGUGGUAGUUAUGAUAGAACAGUGGUAGCAGCAGAUAUGAGAGCGCCAGAUGCGAAGGCACCUCGAUGGGGAGUCGAAAGUGACGUCGAGAAUGUCCGAUGGGAUCCUCACGACUCAAACUACUUUUACGUCUCCACUGAGAGUGGUGUCAUUCAUUUCCACGAUAUCAGAAAAGCUCCAGCGAACCCAAGUGCUACUAAGCCAGUAUGGAUGCUCCAAGCACAUGACGACUCCGUUUCGUCCUUUGACAUAAACCCUACCAUUCCCGGAUUCUUGGCUACUGGAUCAGGAGAUAAGCAAGUUAAACUUUGGAACAUUCAACCCACCGGACCUACAAUGGUUGUAUCACGAGACUUGGAUGUUGGAAAGGUUUUCUCAACCACCUUUGCACCAGAUGAAGAAGUCAGUUUCCGACUGGCAGUCGCAGGUAGCAAGGGACUCGUGCAAGUCUGGGAUUGCAGUACUAACCCUGGUGUACGACGCGCAUUUGCGGAUAGAGUGGCACCUGUUGAGGGAGAGAUUAAGGAAAGAUUAGUGGGUGUACAAAAUGAUAGCGAGUCGGAAGAUGAUGAAGAGCUUUCCGAGGCAGAGGGAGGUGAAGUUGAAUCUAUGGAUGAGGAUGAUUAA